UGUGAUCCAAAGCUCUUGGAGUUUGGGCGGGGAAUGUGGUGCGGGGCAAUUUCGGCACAAGAGUAAAAUCUUGAUACUAUUUAUUCAUUUUUCGGAGAAUAGAAAUUCAGAAUAAGGUUAAAUAAAUUCUCGUAGCAGCGUUUUGUUUCCCAUCGCCCCCUUUUGCUCUCCCUCUGUGCAGACAUGUUGUUCUUCUCGUACUUCAAGGAUUUGGUGGGGAGGGAAGUAAUCGUGGAGCUGAAGAACGAUUUGGCCAUCAAAGGAACAUUGCAUUCUGUUGAUCAGUACCUCAACAUCAAGCUCGAAAACACUAGCGUCGUCAAUCAAGAAAAGUACCCUCACAUGCUUUCUGUAAGAAACUGCUUCAUCAGAGGUUCGGUAGUGAGAUAUGUGCAAUUGCCUCCAGAAGGGGUGGACAUUGAAUUAUUGCACGAUGCCACAAGAAGAGAAGCCCGGGGCGGUUAGUGUCUUCAUUUUGUGAUGUAUCUUAUUUAUGAGAAUUCGGUGGGCUUACAUAAGGUGGAUGUUAACCUUCCUACUUCAGAAGGAAACUCUUUUCAGAUGUUAAAGGUUAUGUAACUGUAUUGGCUUUUCCUUUUAGUUCUUUUGGAAGCUUUGUCCAGUUUUAAUGUGACAAAAAUGAUACUGGUGUAACUGCAUUUCUUUUUCUUUCCCCUAGUGCCUCUAUAUUCGAAGAAAUAUCACCAAGUAUAAUGCAUUUAUA